AUGGCCUCCGCUCCUCGCAAGCACAGGGAGCCAGACGCUCAAGUCGACCUCGCCGACAGGAUCUUCGCAAUCAAGCGCAAGAACGCUCCGUCCGUCCUUCUCUCCCGCGCACCCACUCACAUCCUCAUCGCUGCCCCAUCCAGCCCCCCACGCACGCGCGACCGCACAGAGCGCCCCUCCCCCGCCCCGCUCACACCGGCCCCGCCCCCGCGCGAGUCCCCCUCCCCCUCGUCUCCGCGCAAACCCCACCCCGCCCACCGCUCCCCACAGCGCACCGUCCCCCACCCAGACGACGGCGCGGACGACUUCUCCCGACGCCUCACCAUCUCCGGGCCCUCCCGCGCCUCCCCGCACCCCCACUCCGCCAAGCAGCAGAAGCUCUUCAACCACCAGACCGACGACGUCCCCAUGCGUCGCCCCGCGGACCCGGAUCCCAUCUCCGACGCCACCAGCUCCUCCUACGCACCCAGGGCCCCCUCAAAGCCCUCCCACCCCCCACGCGACCAGUCCCACCCCGGCAGGCUCUACGACCCCCGCCGUGACGAUCCCGUCCGCUUCGCCUCCCAGGCACGCAAGCCCCCCCCUCCACCACCCGCCUCAAAGUCCUCGCGCGACAUCGUCUCCGUCUCCUCCGCCUCCUCCUACACCCCCUCCAUCAUCUCCUCCAGCUUCACCCUCUCCUCCAACACAACCGACGACUCCUCCAAUCCCUCCAUCUUCGACCGCAAGUCCCGCGACGAGUCAAAGACGACCGCCUUCUCCGCCCAGCUCAAAAAACUCUACCGCGACAUCUCCGCACUCGAGGCGAAGAUCAUGCGCGACGACCCAGACGACGCCGCCUCCGAGGCGCGCCUCGUCCUCCGCCCCUCCCCAGAGCCAAGGGGCGACGACGCAGAGUCCCUGCGAUGGCAGAAGCGCAUCGAGGAUCACAAGUCCCUCGCCGAGAUGAUGCACAACCUCCUCGAGAUCUCCCUCGCCCCCACCGUCCCCGUCUCCCUCCGCAGCAUCCCCGAAAAAUACAACAUCGUCAUCCGCCUCUGGAGCCACGCCUUCCACCGCCUCCUCGAGAACCUCCGCCGCUUCUCCCUCUCCUCCCAGGUCGCCAUGGAACACCUCCAGGAGUUCAUCUACUACGCCUACACCUUCUACAGCGGCCUCUUCGAGGAGCGCAGCCUCGACACCUUCAAGAUCAACUGGCUCGAGGCCCUCGGCGACCUCGCCCGCUAUCGCAUGGCCAUCGCCGGCCUCAUCGCCACCGAGGCCACGCCCCCGUCCUCCCUCGCCGCCAUCCUCACCUCCGCCCAGCCCUCUCCCGAGUCCGCCGACGCCCAGGUGUCCGCCGCGGUCAGCUCCGUCAGCCGGCAGCCCUUCCCCCGCAUCGACGACUCGCCGAGUCCGAGCGUGGGCAUCGCCGCCGCCCGCAGGCUCGAGCUCGAGCCCGAGAAGGAGCGCUGGAGGACCAUCGCUAGGGAGUGGUACGCGGCGGGCGUGCAGGACAAGCCGGGCAUCGGGAAGCUGCACCACCACCUCGGCCUCCUCAGCCGCGAAGUCGAAGGCGAGGAGCUGCGCGGGCUGUAUCACUUUGUGAAAAGCAUGAUCACCCUCCACCCGUUCACGACCUCGCGCGAAUCCGUGCUCCCCCUGUGGUCGCCCGCGGCGCAGGCGCGGCGCGGCGCGCCGGACGCGUGCGCGCUCGACCUGUUCGUGUACCUGCACGGCAUGCUCUUCACGAACAUCCAGCUCGACGACUUUGCGCCGACGCUCGGCCGCCUGAUCGAGCGCCUCUCGAUCGAGGACCCGCAGGCGCGCGAGUGGACGAUGAUGGCCGCCGUCAACGUCGGCGCCAUCCUCGAGUACGGCCGCCCGGCCGGCGCCCUGCGCCGCACGGGUGUGGUCGGCCAGCAGGAGCGGCCCGUCGCGGGCCCCCUUGCCAAGAUGAAGCUCGCGCGGAAGCACGCGGCCGGUGCCGGCGCGGAUGAGAAGAUGGACGUCGACGGGGAGACCCAGCCGUCGCCCUCGCUCUCGGACGCGUCGGCGUCGGCGGAGCCGUUGCCCGCGUUCAGCAUGGCGCUCCAGCUGACGUUUGCGAUGCUCGCGCAUGUCCUGAAGAAGCCCGUCCGGCGCGGGUCCACCCUGGGCGACGCGCUGAACCCGUACCUCACGAUCGUGCUCACCUUCCUCGGCACGCUCUCGCAGCAUCCCGCCGCGAUGGCGCUCCUUGAGCGCGCCGUGCCCUGGGAGAUGCUCGCCGCGUUCCUGUGCACGGUGCCGCGCUCCGUGUCGCGCUCCGCGUCGGUCAAGCUGACGCUGGACCGCUCGAUGCUCCUGCCCGAGGAUUGGAGCCUGCGCGGCAUGGCGUGGGGCGGGCGCAAGCUCUACGACCACCGCUUCUGGGAGACGAGCGGCGAGGGGAACAUGGAGAUGGCGGUGCUGGACGAGGUCGAGGAGGCGCGCGUGGAUGGGAUGAUCGAGGACGACCACGAGGACGACGACCCGAAGCUGCGCGGCGCGCGGCGCGAGCUCGCCGUCGCGGACAAGCGGUGGAUGCGCGUGUUCUGGGCGGGCGAGCUCCUCGCCAAGGCCGCGGAGGGCUUCCGGCGCGUGGAGGAGGCGCACGGGCGGAGCCAGUGGGUCGUCGAGGGCACGCUGCGCGACAAGGUGCGCGUGUGGGCGGAGGAGGACCGGGCGGAGCGCGAGGCGGAGGAGCGCAGGAAGCGCGGCACGCGCUGGGACGAUUCGGACGAUAUGGACGUCGACGUGGACGGCGACGACGAGUGGCAGUUCGCAGACUUGUCGGAGCAGAGCGAGGACGACGAGAUGGACUCGGACGAGGUCAAGGUGUUGAAGGCGCGGCGACGACAUCUGCGAAGCCUGCUGCAAUCCUCGUCAUCCACGAGCCCAUCGGAGAACCCGGAGCCGCGCGAGCUCCGCCGAGCCCGGCGGAGCGUCCCGCGCCGCGCCGCGCCCGCGCGCCCGUCGCUGAAGCUGGUGCCGGGGUACACGACCCUCGUCGUCGACACGAACAUUUUCCUCUCCUCACUCCCGCCGCUCGCCGCGCUCGUCGACAGCCUGCGCUGGACGGUGAUCGUACCGCUGCCCGUCGUGAUGGAGCUCGACGGGCUCGCGAGCAACGCGAACGCGCUCGGCGCGGCGGCCAAGGACGCGCUCGCGUUUCUGCUCGCGCGCGUGCGCUCGCACUCGGCGGCGCUCAAGGUGCAGACCUCGCGCGGAAACUACCUCGCGAGCCUCGCCGUGCGCACCGAGAGCGUGGACUUUGACGGACCGGGCGCGCUCGAGCGCAGCAUGGACGAUUUGAUACUCAAGGCUGCGAUAUGGCAGGACGAGCACUGGACGGACCGCUCGGCGUUCAUGGGGGGUGCCGGCGCCGGCUCUGGAGAGGCGCAGAGCACGGCCGGCGCGGCGAAGGUCGUGCUGCUCAGCCUGGAUCGAAAUCUGCGCCUGAAAGCGCGUUCUCGGCGGCUGGACGCGGCGAACGAGCAGGACCUCGCGGGCUUGUUGGCCUCUGCUGACAAUGGACGAUCUCUGCUCGGUUGACGAGCGAUGUUCCGACAAGCCCUCCAAGGCGUGGACGGACGGACGAUCUUAUGCGCGCUCUUGCUUUUGUUCUUGGCUCGGGGUAGCCAAGAACAAAAACAAAAGUGCUGUCUGCGCCGGCGGGGAGCUCGUCGGGAUGCCGCUCGCCAACCAUGUAGAGUUUAUCCAUUAGCGGCAGAGGCCAACAACCCCGCGAUCCGUCUUGCCAUCGGCGCCGUCGUUAUAAUUGUCCGGUGACGCCUAUGGCGCGCAGCGCGCAGACUUGGGGCGUGUGGAUCGU